AAAACAUGCCACAAAACCGAUCCGGAGCCAUGAAUAUCUUGAAAAUUGUCUUGGAAUGAUCUGCCAGCCUUGAGCUCACCUCGUAAGCGCACCGCUCGACGCCCGCGGAUAUGGCUUCUCGAAUCCCGAACUUCCCGCGAGGUGCCCUUUACGCCACUGGCCUGGUGUUCCUGUUGGGAAUUAUCUACCUGUACCAGCCAUUGCUUGGCUCGCUAUCUGAUACCUAUUUAAACACCACACCUCCAAAUCGUCUUCCAGCGGAGAUCAUCAGCAGCGUAGAACCAAAAUUGGCGGCGGACCUGGUCCAAUACUUCGAGGAUUUCCCGCUUGGACCCCCUUACAAAGACCGCUUUGGAGAGCUGGGCCGGCGGACCCGAAUUCUCAGAGACCUGCUGGUUUCAGCAGACAACAACCCUACACCUUCCCAGAGAAAGCCCCUGCUUGACGUCGUCGACAAGACCGCCCGUAUAUUAUAUCCAUUUUUACAACGGCCUGGGCUCUCGCAUCUCCGCUCGUCGAUCGUUCCUGGCUCAGUUGGAAUCGUGAUCCCCGUUGGCGACAACAACGUACGAUAUGCAUCUCACCUGAUCACCUCGCUUCGGCACGUGUUGGACUCGAAACUACCAAUUGAGAUUGUGUACGCCGGCGAGUCGGACCUAUCCGUGUCCAACAGGAAUUUUCUCAAGGAGCUCGUGGCCUCUACGGGCCAUCCUCUCCGGUUCUUGGAUAUCCUGACCGUGUUCGACGACUCGACACUCAAGCUCCGGGAGGGGGGAUGGGCCAUCAAGCCAUUUGCAGUACUGGGAAGCAGCUUCGAAAAGGUCAUCCUCCUCGACGCCGAUGCGGUGUUCAUACAGAAGCCAGAGACUCUCCUCGACCACCCGGGCUUCCUGCGUACAGGGGCACUGCUUUUCAGAGACCGAUUGCUGUGGCAGCACGCAUACGCUGACAGACAUGAAUGGUGGCACGAUCAAAUCAGGAGGCCCAGUGGGGGACUGAAUACUUCACUCGUCUGGACACAAGAAUAUGCCGAAGAAGGAGACUCGGGCGUGGUGGUUGUGGACAAAAGCAGGACCGACAUUUUUAUGGGACUUCUUCACAUCUGCUGGCAGAACUCUUUUGAGGUUCGGGAAGAGGUCACCUACAAAAUCACUUAUGGCGACAAGGAGACCUGGUGGAUGGGUUUUGAGCUUUCUGGGUCAUCGUACGAGAUGGAGAAGCACUAUGGUGCUAUAGUGGGCUGGGAAACCGAAAUACAGCCCGAGACGGAGACCCCGGAAGGCGAGGAGUCGCAAGAGGAACCUCCGGUCAACCCCCUGAUCAAGAAAGUGUGCAGUUUCGUCAUCGCACACGUGGAUGAGGAAAAUAGGCUCAUCUGGUACAAUGGGGGCCUGCUCAAAAACAAAAAGAUUCCUGAGAUGAAGCACGACUAUGCCGUCCCAGACAAGUGGAUGGUCGACGGCGAGUGGCAGAAAGGCGCCACAAGGGAAGAUAUGAGCUGUAUGGUGGGAGAGAACAUGCAUGAGCUUUCCGAAGAAGAGAUGGGAAGACUCGAAAGGUCCAUUGAAGAAGCCAAGAGAGUGGAUGUGGCUCUGCACGUAGACUAAUAGACAGCACGGAGCCAAAUUUUAUAGUAUUGUACAUAAUCAAUAUGCCAUUAUCUUCUGAA